CGCAGAGAGUUAGAAUCCUCCCUUUUAGUUCGAUAAAAUGAUCUGCAGACUCAAGGAAUAUCAGGUGGUUGGUCGCAAGCUUCCUUCCGAGCAGGAGCCUUCUCCCAAGCUCUACCGUAUGAGAAUCUUUGCCCCCAACACUGUGGUUGCCAAGUCUCGCUUCUGGUACUUCUUGAAGAAGCUCCGCAAGGUCAAGAAGGCCGCUGGUGAGAUUGUCUCCUUGAACGAGAUUCACGAGAAGCGUCCCGAACAGAUCAAGAACUUUGGUGUCUGGCUUCGUUACGAUUCUCGUUCCGGUACUCACAACAUGUACAAGGAAUACCGUGAGAUGUCCCGUGUCGAAGCUGUCCACACCUGUUAUCAGGAUAUGGCCGCUCGUCACCGUGCUCGUUUCAGCUCUAUCCAGAUCAUUCGCGUUGCUGAGAUCAAGUCUGCCGAUAUUCGUCGCCAGUACAUCAAGCAGCUCUUGACCCCCAAGCUCGCUUUCCCCUUGCCUCACCGCAUCCAGCGUGCCGAAAAGGGUCACCGUUCUCUCUUCGUCGCCAAGCGUCCUUCCACUUUCUAUUAGAUUGGAUGUUUUCCUUUCCAUUUUAUUCGUGUAUGAUCAAGGUAGAUGCUUUGAAUAAAAUGGUCCAUUGGAAUUGAACAAUGCAAUCGUCGGAAUCAUGGUUACACAGACAGAUAGAUGCUUGCCAAGCUAAACAUGUGCAG